GUAGACUCAACCAGAGCCUGGGUAGAGAGAGGACUGGGUAGAGAGAGGACGCCAACGCCGGGCAGCGGACAUCCCUGGGGCGCAGAUUCUUGUACUGGUUGUGGUCAAAGAAGAACUGUACUGGAAAUGGGCCCACUAGGUACAGAGGCUGAUGAGAACCAGACAGUGGGAGAAGUAAAGGUUGAACCAUAUGGGCCGGGGCACACCACUCCCAGUGGGGAGCUGGCCCCUGACCCGGAGCCGGAGCUGAUUGACAGCACCAAGCUGACUGAGGUGCGGGUGGUCCUCAUCCUGGCCUACUGCUCCAUCAUCUUGCUGGGUGUAGUUGGCAACUCCUUGGUCAUCCACGUGGUGAUCAAAUUCAAGAGCAUGCGCACAGUUACCAACUUUUUUAUUGCCAACCUGGCUGUGGCGGAUCUUCUGGUGAACACUCUGUGCCUACCAUUCACUCUCACUUACACCUUAAUGGGGGAGUGGAAAAUGGGCCCUGUCCUCUGCCACCUGGUGCCCUAUGCCCAGGGCCUGGCAGUACAGGUGUCCACCAUCACCUUGACAGUAAUCGCUCUGGACCGGCACCGCUGCAUCGUUUACCACCUGGACAGCAAGAUCUCCAAGCAAAACAGCUUCCUGAUUAUUGGCUUAGCCUGGGGCAUCAGCGCCCUGCUGGCAAGUCCCCUGGCCAUCUUCCGGGAAUACUCACUGAUCGAAAUUAUUCCGGACUUUGAGAUUGUGGCUUGUACCGAGAAGUGGCCUGGGGAAGAGAAGAGCAUGUAUGGCACCAUCUAUAGCCUUUCCUCCUUGUUGAUCCUGUAUGUUUUGCCGCUGGGCAUCAUAUCUAUUUCCUAUAUUCGGAUCUGGAGUAAACUGAAGAAUCAUGUCAGCCCUGGAGCUGUGAAUGACCACUACCACCAGCGGCGGCAGAAAACCACCAAGAUGCUGGUGUUCGUGGUGGUGGUGUUUGCAGUCAGCUGGCUGCCCCUCCACGCCUUCCAGCUUGCUGUGGACAUUGACAGUCAGGUGCUGGACCUGAAGGAGUACAAGCUCAUCUUCACAGUGCUGCACAUCAUCGCCAUGUGCUCCACCUUUGCCAACCCCCUUCUGUAUGGCUGGAUGAACAGCAACUACCGGAAGGCAUUCCUCUCGGCCUUCCACUGCGAGCAGAGGUCAGAUGCCAUUCACUCGGAGGUGUCUGUGACAGCCAAGGUGAAGAAGAAUGUGGAUGUGGUAAAGACCAACGGGCCCCCUGACUCCUUCUCUGAGGCCACCAAUGUCUAAGGACAUGGUGAAGGAAACUAAGGGUACGUUCUGACCAGAGCCUUUGGGCUGGUGGAGGAAGGUGCAUAGGUGCACACUGAUCUCAUUUUGAAGAUGGAAGGCAUCUGAAUGGAAGCACGGGCAGUGCCAUUCUCGGAAACGUGGCUGGCAGAGUGUAGGGAAAGACAAGGUGACAAAUGGGCUCAGAGACAGUGACUUGGAAUAGGCUGAGUUAUUCGUAAAAACAGAGAGAAACACUUCUUACUCUUUCCAGGGUGAAGGAAACCUGACUGGGGAACUGCCCUUGUCAGUACUGCCAGCAGCUGGGGUUUGACACUCGGGCUCCAGGCACCGGCUGGGGCCUGCUCUGGGGCUGCAGCGUGACUCGCUCCGCGCUCUGAUGCGAGUGACGGCUGCUGACCGCAAGCCUCACGAGUGAGCUGCUGGCUGUGCUGGGUGACACUUGAGCUUUCUUGUUCUUCCUUUAGAGGGAAUUCUAAAAGGAAUGCUCUCAGUAAACACUGCUACUUUAAUGACAUCAAGGGAGUAAGCAGAAAUUGGACAGGUGAUUAAUAUGUUGGAAAAUCAUGGGAGAAAUUCUUACUAAUC